AUGUCGAAAGAUUUUAGUGUUGUCAAGUACAAGAAGGGAGAAAGCAACUUUGAAGUGCUUGUUAAGCCUAACACAGUAAUUGCAUACAGAGAAGGAAAAUAUAAAGUAGAUGAUAUCUUGUACUCGGAUGAGAUUUUUGCAAAUUAUGCCAAAGGCGAUAAAGUGAAAGAAGAGUCUUUGAAGAGUGUAUUUGGAACAACCAAUACUCGGGAAGUGAUUUUGAAGAUUUUAGCGGAUGGAGAAUAUCACUUGUCAACUCAGGAACGAAAGGAAAAGGUAGAACAAAAGAGAAGACAAAUCAUCCACUUUAUUCAUCAAAAUUACAUUGAUCCAAAGACUAAUGUGUGUCAUCCCGUGACUCGAAUUGAAGGAGCUCUUGAUUCAAUCAAAUAUAAUAUUGAUCCCUUCAUGCCAGCUGACAAACAAGUGGCUGCCAUUCACUCAAAAUUGGUCGAGAAAAUUCCUCUAAAAAAGUCUCAAAUUGAAGCUGAAGUCGUCGUGAAGCAUUCACUUGCUGGUCAAGUUAUUGGAGUUUGCCACAAACAUGCCAAGGUCAUUGGUCAAGACCAUGGCGACGAGGGCUGCACUGUCACGAUUGAAAUCUCUCCAGGAGAUUAUGACAAAUUGAUUAACGAUUUAAACAGCACUACUAAAGGCGACUUUAACUUUCGUAUUGCAGGUGCUGCCGCCACUACUGAACCAGUCGCAAGUAGCUCAGAUGACAAGAAGAAGAAAAAGAAGAAGUAA